CUGGGCUGGGUCUGGCAGGGCCGGGCCCGCUGGUUGGCGAGGGCGUGCCCGGAGCCCGCUAUCCCUCCCGGCAGGGGUGAGGCCUGCGGCCCGCAGUGCGCGUCGGCCGGCUGGGCGCGGGGAGGGCGGUGAGCAACGCGCUAAAGGAAGCGGCGGUAAGCUGUCGGCUCUGGUUGUAGAUCGAGUGGUGCCGAGGAGGCGGCGGUUGGGGCUUGUGAUCACCAUGGCUGCAGUGGAUCGUUUCAACCUCUUGUACAGGGAGAUCAGUCGUUCCUGCAAUUUUUACGUAGAGGCCCUGGCUAUAGUUGGAGCUUGGUACACAGUCAGAAAGUGUGUCUCGCUUGCAUUUGACACUUACCACAUGCUUAGGUUGCAUUUAAUUCCAAAGCUGGGCGGCAAGAUUGAUCUUGUCAAGCAGUAUGGAAAAUGGGCCGUGGUCACUGGUAGCACAGAUGGUAUCGGGAAGGCAUAUGCCGAAGAACUGGCAAAGCGUGGUGUCAACAUCAUCUUAAUCAGCCGAAACAAAGAGAAGCUGGAGGCUGUGUCUAGAAGUAUAUCUGAAACCUAUAAAGUGGAAACAGAUUUCAUAGUAGCUGACUUCAGCAAGGGGCGUGAGCCUUACCCAGGCAUUAAGAAGGCUCUAGAAGACCGUGAAAUUGGCAUUUUGGUGAAUAAUGUAGGAAUGUCUUAUCCCUACCCAGACUAUUUUACCAACCUGUCUGAGGAUAUGUUGUGGGACAUAAUCAAUGUAAAUAUUGCUUCUGCUAACAUGAUGAUUCAUAUUGUGCUGCCAGGCAUGGUAGAGAAGAAGAAAGGGGCAAUUGUGAAUGUUUCUUCUGCAUCCUGUUGUCACCCAACACCAAUGUUGACAAUCUAUGGAGCCUCUAAAACUUACUUGGACUAUUUUAGUAGAGCGCUACAGUAUGAGUAUGCCUCAAAAGGAAUUUUUGUUCAGAGUUUAACCCCAUUCAUAAUUGCUACAAAAAUGACAGCAUGCAGCAGCAUUACAUCAAAGAGAUCUUUCUUUUUUCCUUCUGCUGAAGAAUAUGCAAGUCAUGCCAUUUCUACUCUUGGGUUAUCCACAAGGACUACUGGUUACUGGAAGCAUGCAAUAAAGUUCACGCUGGGUGAGCGCCUACCUGAAUGGAUCUGGGCAUGGUUUGCAAUGUAUUUUCUCAGAACUAUGCGCAAGGAAGCUUUAACAUGCAAAGUGAAAUAGGAGUAUCUAGAUGUCCUGUGUAACGAGUACUAUAUUCUGAUCAGAGCAUUGCAAAAAUGUGCAGUGAACCUUGGUGGACUUACUGCAACUUAUCCAUACCUUGCUAAACAAGCUAUGUGUAACAUAGACAUCAGAAGUCUGGAUCCUCUCUAUCCUUAAAUAGCUCCUCUGCUGCUUUCCUCCAUCACAGAGAGCUAAUCUUUUUAAGGUUAAUCUUCGUUCACUUUCUCUUGAAGGUAAUUGAGCAGGAGCAGGUAGAGUUUUAAUUCUUAUAGUAAAUGACUGUUUCCUCCAUAGUGCUACAUGAUUUCAACUUGCAAAGUUGACUGAAUUUGAGAAUUCUCCAAAUAUGUCAGAAAUGGGCCUCAGAAAAUCAUGUUGUUCUAAAAGACAAUCCCAGUCAACUGUAUUAUGUUUCUUUAAUAUGUAGUUUUGUGUAACUCUUCUGCCUUCUAAGAGCGGAUGUAUGUUUGUUUGUUUGAAGUGCAAAUACUGCUUUUGGAUUAUGUUAUUUAAGGAACUUUUCAAAAUGAAGGUGUAUAACAAAGUGCUGUUGACUCAGAGGUUGUUUAAAUGAUGGAAAAGGUCAUACAGAGCCGUAAAGGAAUUUGGAGAUAAGCUUGUAUGCUUUCUUAUUCCAGGUGUGAAUGAUCUUGAUAAUACUUUAUAUAUUGCUUCAGCAAUCUGGAAUAUGGCUGGAGAAUUAAGAAUGUGAAAACACUAGAUAAAGAAAAAUAAUGAAGAAAUAUUUUUACUUAAAAAGAGGUUGGUUUCCUACAAUAAUAAAAAUUAUUGAAGUUUUGAUGCU